GGAUAUUAUAAGGGGUCUCAUUUUCGUGCCCGUUCUGCAGCUUGAGUGUGCAAUUUUUAGGGUUUUAUCUUUCUGGAGAUCUCCAGCAUUCUUAUCCAUCGACGACAAUCCGUUUCUCUUUAUCUUAAGAAAUGGCGGCGACCCAGUUAACAGCAUCUUCAGUGGCCGCGAGGAGCUUUGCCUCGUUCGAAGGUCUGAGACCCUCAAGCGUCAAGCUGUCCUCUCUUGGAACAGCGAAACUAGGAAGUCUUAGACAGAACCAGUUUCGUGGUUUGGUCGUCAAAGCUGCUGCGGUUGUUGCUCCUAAGGUGACACCCAUUUCUCAGCUUCCCUGUCAUUUCACUUUUAUUAAGCCGUUGGGGGAUAGGGUUUUGAUUAAGAUCAAAGAAGCAGAGGAAAAGACCGAGGGAGGAAUCUUACUUCCAUCCACCGCUCAAUCGAAACCUCAGGGCGGUGAAGUGGUUGCCCUCGGAGAGGGAAGGACGGUGGGGAAAACAAAAGUCGACAUCUCUAUUAAGACGGGCGCACAAGUUGUCUACUCAAAGUAUGCAGGAACUGAGGUGGAAUUCAACGAUUCAAAGCAUCUAAUCCUUAAAGAAGAUGACAUUGUGGGCAUUCUUGAAACUGACGAUAUCAAAGAUCUCAAGCCUUUGAAUGAUCGUGUCUUUAUCAAGGUUGCUGAGGCCGAGGAGAAAACAGCCGGAGGGUUGUUACUAACCGAGACUACCAAAGAGAAGCCUUCCAUUGGCACGGUGAUAGCGGUCGGGCCGGGAGCUCUAGAUGAGGAAGGUAACCGAAAGGCACUGUCGAUAACCUCGGGAAGUACUGUUCUUUACUCUAAGUACGCUGGUAACGACUUCAAAGGGAAAGAUGGUUCAGACUACAUUGCUCUUAGAGCGUCGGAUGUGAUGGCUGUUCUCUCUUAGUGUUCCUAUGUGCUUAGACCAUUUGGCGAAUAAAAUGCCUUCUGUUUUUGUUUCCAAAAAAAAUAUGGAAAAUUUUUUCAUGUAACGGCGGCCUGAGUUCUUAUGAAAUGCAGAGACUUGAGUUUGGAAAUGUUGUUUCACUGUUA